UGUACGGCUCCUAGUUUUGACACUUCUGUUUCCACCACAUGUACAGUGUAACAUGUUCUAUAUCACAGACGCUUUCCUCCUUUGUACUGUUGAUAUUUGUGUGCUCUAUGUGAUGUCUAUAGAAUCAUGUGUAUGCCUGACUGACUGACCGUUCCUGUUCCAGAUACCUCGGGCCGGCUCGGAAGAGUAGACAAGCCAUGAUCAACGUGUGCAUCUUGGUGCCCAUGAUCACCAUGGUGUUUUGCUAUUACAAAAUCUGGGGUGAACUCAAACGACGUCAGAAACGGCACAACAAAAUAUCUCCCGUCACGCGCAAAAGGAUUGGGUAUCAGAUCUCCCCGGAGUUCCGAGCUCGGAUGAGGUCCGCCACCAUGGUUCUUCUCAUCGUGGCUGCCUAUGUGGUUUCCUGGGCUCCGUACUUUGCCGCCGUCAUCCGAAGCAACGCGCUGGGGGACGAAGUCUCCACCAUUACUGACGGUCCAUGGCAGCGGUUCGCCGUGCUGUUCUCUCUGCUGUCAACCUUCUCCAACCCGAUCAUCUACGCCUAUCGGAACCCUCAGCUUCGAAAUGGUUUCUUCCGACUGGUACGCAGACGAAUACUGUAGACCUAAAGUUAACAGUUUAUUCAUGGUAAAUCUUACAUUUAGGUAUAACAUCAAUAGGACAAGACAUAUAGAGAGCAGUCCUCAGACGGCUAGGGCGUGUAGAGAGAGUGGAUGAGGGGAGAAUUCACUAGAUAACUUUAAAUAGUCUGUGUAACAUAUACUGACAGAGAGGAGCAUGCUAGCAGGGCACUUAGGCAGGUAGGCAGUAUAACAUAAACUCUGAUGUCCAUGGCUUUAACAGGUCCGUCUCCGCAGGAGGCCGGUUGGAUGUUGUGGGAGGGGGGCUGCUGUAAUAGAUAUUCACUCAGGCCAGCUUUUAGAUACCAGCCGAAAAGCAAGCGCCCCUGCGGUAGGUCCAGGAAGAGAUGGAGAGACAACAUACAAGAGACAUUGACAAAGUACAGACUGGGCAGACCAGAAAGACUUGAGGAGGUGGGGUCGACCAAGAUUGAGAGAAGACUGGACAAGACGAUAUGUUGUCUUUCAACUGACAGGCCCCAAGGGCUACCUGGGGAAUUCGUUAAGAUGUAACUAGUCUAUUUGUGUGAAGACGUGUUAAAUUGCUUGAAAUGCUGUUGUUGAUACUGUUAUGUAUAUCUUCAUGAGUGUUGUAUUGGAUGUAAAUAAAUCUUGUCAGAUGAUGAAUGCGUGACAACACUAUGAAUCAUUCACUCUCACAGCAAUGAGAUGUGUAUACUGGUAAUUCACGUUUGGGACCUCAUCUGUUAGCAGCGACACCUACCUGCAGUACCC